AGCUCGCUCCCGCAGAAGCGCGCGCUCAAUGAAGACGACCAUAUGCCGCCCGUCUCGUCGCCUCUCAAUCCCAACCCCAGUUUGGAAUCGAAACCAGCCAGGCUACAGUCGCACGACGAACCGAACCCGCCCGGAAGGGACAAGCCCUCACGGACCAAGAAGGAGACUCUGAAGAAGCGCGAGUCCAAGGGCGGAGCUGGAGCUGCGGAGAGCACUCGCGGCACACCGGACCCAAAGGGAGGCAAGACCUCACCGCCAGGUGAAGCUUCGCCAUUGAGAUACAAGCUCGCCCCGCCGAAGCCCGGCGACUUUGAACCAGCUCGCGAAGCUUACCUGGUCCACCACCAUGACGUGCCCGCGCCGGACGGAAGCACGAUCUCGUUCCACGAGACCUCUGAACAUGUGUACAACAAGAAAAAUUUCCAUUACCUGCAUUGCAUAGCCGACCCGACGUUUCCUUCUUCCUUCUACUACCGCCAGACCGAGCCCGCGCCCUACAAUGCGCACAUGAGCUUCGAAGAUGCCGCGACACACAUGUACUUUGACCCUGCGGGCCGCCAUGUGACGACAGACAAGGGAUUCCGGAUGGCUCGCGCGAACGUCGCUGUGCGACAAGGACGAUGGUACUGGGAGUGCAAGGUCACGAGGGGGACAGUCAACAGCGCGGGCUCAACAACAGCGCCUGCUUCUGCUGCGCCGCGCGAGUCGCACGGCCACGUGCGGAUGGGCUUUGCGCGGCGCGAGGCGUCGCUGGACGCUCCGGUCGGCUUCGACGCGUACAGCUACGGCAUCCGCGACGUCGAGGGCCAGAAGGUGCACAUGUCGCGGCCAAAGGACUUCUUCCCCGCAGGCGAGGAGAUCAAGGAGGGCGACGUCAUCGGGCUGGAGAUCCGGCUGCCCUCGGAACACCUGCACCGCAAAGUGGUCCAGGGGGAGUACAACCCGGCCGUAGACCUGGCCGACGAGGAAGGCGAGGCAGCGCUACAGUACACGACCGAGGCCGCCAACAUCGUCCGCGACAGGAUACCGAUCCGCUUCAAGGCGCACAUAUACUUUGAGAAGAUCGACUACCACACGUCCAAGGAGCUCGAGGACCUGAUGAACCCGUCGCCCGUCGGCGCCUCGGGCACCGCGGGGUCCAGCUCCGCCGAGAACCCGAACCCGAACCACCCGGUCCCCGCGCUGCGCACGCUGCCCAACUCGUACAUCAGGGUGUACAAGAACGGCGUCCCCAUGGGCACCGCGUUCGAGGACCUGCUCGCCUUCCUGCCGCCCGCGUCGAAGCCGCAGGCCCAGGUCGGCGCGAGGGAGGGCAUGGACGACGGCAUGGUGGGUUACUACCCGGCCAUCAGCGUGUUUCGCGGUGGCGCGGCCGAGGUCAACUUUGGUCCGGACUUUUGGUACCCCCCGCCGUUUACCGUGGGGGCGGCGGAGGACGAGCAGGCUGCGGAUGACGACAUCCCCACGGAUACCCUGCGGCCCGUGGCGGACCGCUUCAACGAGCAGAUUGUCGAGGAUAUAGUCGCCGACGUGAUCGACGAGGUCAGCUUCUGGAUGCAGGAUGGAGCGCGGGUGGUCGACCGGACA